ACCAAACCGGGCCUCGCUCCCUGAGCUGCGAUUUCUGAAUAACAGCUUUAUGUCACUGACGAUGGCUGGGUUUCCAAUACCUAAAACUUCAACAUAUAGCAGUUUCUGAGCUUGCUCAGUGCCGAAACCUCCACUCUUCUCGGGUUGCUCCUAACGCGGUUUACUAUCUAAACCUUUCAAACGAAACAGAGGCCGAUUCGAUUACAACAGACUAAAUUUUGUUGUGGGAAAUCACUUUGAAGUUCGGACUGCCAUGUCGUUGCCAAGUCAAGAAAGUCAGAGCGAGUUGAACCAGUGCCCAAAUUUAGCCGCUAUGGUUCAUAAUGUAGAACCGACUCCUUUAGCCAUUUCUCCGGACGACUUGACCCAGAGGUCCUUGAACUCUCAGUUUCAUCCUGACGUUGAAGUGGAGACCGGUUCUGUGGCACAGAAUGGAGAUUUGAGUCUGAUAUUGACAUCUAAAACAGACAUGCCGCGGCCAGGAGGAGGCAAUGCUAAUGAGCUACCCCAGCAGUUCGAUUCCUCUGACCAGCCAUUGAAUUCACUUGCUGACAAUUUAACUGCUGAUCAGCUGGUGAACUCUCACGGAAACGUUGAAACGGGGGUACGGUGUUCUGAACCAAACCAAAGCCACCUGGAUCAUGAAGAAAGACCAUCUGAUCAAGCUUCAAAUGGACGAAAACAAAGGGGUCGUAAACCAAGGGUAAUACCAGUGGAAAAAUCGAAGAACCAACUUGAUCAAGCAGGAACAUCAGCUAAAGCUGGCAAUGGACAGAAACGAAGGUCUCGUAAACCAAUAAUUCGCACAGAAGAGCAAGAAAAUGAAAGAAAAAAGAUAAAAAAAGAAAUCGAUAGAAGAUACCGGAGGGGCAAGAAGAAUGAGUUAACGGAGCUGAGGAAACUCGAGCAAGACUUGGAUAGAGUUAUGACAAUAGCGUCCGGGUUUGGGAGGAUUGACCAAAUGGUGUCACAGAUUAAUCGCAUGAGCUGUGAGUUACAAAAAGUCCAACAGGAAGAGGUAGGAAACGGUAUGUUCCUGCAAGAAAUAAUUGAUUCCGCCGAUCGAGUUCCACCGAUCAGGGCAAAUGAAGUCCGAGUAUACGCCUGGUCGGAUAAAUGCAAGGGGCACCAUGGGACGCAGUCAUCGGACUUGGAUCGCGUUAAUGGCACACACUCUUGGUUGUUGAGCGAGGUCUCAAAUGAUGAAAUUAAUCUAAGGCUCCCUGCCGCUGUGAGGGGUGCAAAUGCAAUGCAUGACAUGCAGUAUUCUGAUGCUUCAGUUACUAAAUUUAUGGCGAAGCUUGAUGAUGACAAGGCUAUGAGCAACGUGGAUCUCUCCAGCUUUAAAGAUUUAGAUGGAGAGUGCGAAAACGUUGGCAACUAUAAUAUCCCACUGUGUCUGGUCUCGACUGCACAGGAUAUCAUCAAGGCCAAAGAUGAUAUCACGAAACAGAGUAGAUUUGGUCAAUGUGUUUGAGCCUGCUUAUAUUUUGCUUUGUGCUGCAAUUAAAGAGAUGAUGGAUUUGCCGCUUGAACAAGCUACGGAAGAGAUUAUGUUAAAGUGGAGAGAUGCAAUCAAUGAUGCUAAAGGUCUUAGAUUUGAAACAGAAUUUGCUAUGGAAUAUGUGAGAAAAUUUGCUCGAGGUUACUUUGGUCUCAAAGCAAAGAAUGACCGGGAAAGCUUGGAGCUGGGGAUGACAAUUCUGAAGACCGAAGAAGAGGUCUUAAAAAUGGAGCUUGAAAAGAAGACAAAUGAGAUGAAGGUCCUGAAAGCCAAAGAAAAAGACUUAACAUCUGAGCAAUGCAAGGAUUGUCAGAAAUUCGCUGAUCAAUUUUUUAAAAAAAGCGUCAGUGUUUUUUGAUUAAUUGCUUCUAUGUUUUUUUUUUCUUUUGAGUGAUGUUGGGUCAUAUAUCAAGUAAAAAGUGGAGACUAAGACUAUAUAGUCUUUUAGAGAAAUCUUCAUUCUUCUUUAUUUUUCUUUAGUUUUUAAUUAUUACUGUUUUUUGGUUUACAGUGAAAAAGAAGCAAGACUGCAAAAGAGAAAGAGAUUGAGGCUCUGAUUUCUUGAUUAGUUUAGAUGCUUGGUCAGUGAAGAUCGUGCUGUUAUAUCUGAAAAUUUGAUGAAAACAAAAAGAAUUGGUGUUUAUAUACGUAGAGCAUAACAGUUCGGUUUUUCAGAUGUAUGAACUUUGAAGGUGGAAAAGAUUCUAAUACUUGCCCUUCAUCCUUAAACGGAAACCUAUUCCUUGUAUCAGCCUUUCAUAUUGCUGUGGAGAUGCGUAUUGGUGGUGACCACCAAAUGAAAUACGGGUGUCUCGUUGCCUCAAUUGCAUCAAACAAACUUUCUUUGAAGGGUUAUUCGCCCCGACCCUCUUCAGAUUCUGUAAGUGUUUCUUCCUGAGUGGAUUGAGUUUUUCCAUUCCUGUACAAAGAAGGGUUGAAUUAACCCUUGAUGUUGAUACUAGCUUCCAUCCUUCGGCUCCAGUCAUUGAUAAUUGCAGGGCUAGAGUCGCUGACAGAGCUGUAGCUGCUCUGGCCACCUAACGAGACAGCGUCCUGCUGUUCCAAACUCUCUGUGCAACACCCUUUUGCACUAUUGGUGGGAUCUCAUCCCAGCAAUAGCUUACUUAAUAAAUUUAACAUUUCUUUCUCACUUAUAAAUGUUUCUACCUUGGAAUUCGCCU